CCUUGAAGAGUGUCGUGCGCAAAACACGCAAGCCGACAGCCAGGCGGGGAGUUACGGACUUGCACGAAUGUCGGCUGCCUUCGCAGGCGUGUCGUUAUCGUAGGCCUUACCCUCCCUAGCUGGUCAAGAGGGCUUAGCAGACGACACUUGCGGAAAGCUCCCGAAGUGAAUUUAAUGAGCGCAGGACUUGUUACAACACCAAGAUGAGCAACGUGGAAUACCAGGCUGAAAAAUUCACCAUCCAGCUCCGAAGGCCAGACUCAGCUACCCCAUGGGGGUUUCGUCUUCAGGGAGGGGUGGAUUUCAGUACACCUUUAUCCGUUCAGGUGGUACAACCUAACAGCGUUUCCGAACAGUGCGGGUUGAAAGCAGGAGAUGCCAUCCUAACCAUCAACGGGGUGCCAUCUGACCAGCUGACCCACGAGCAUGCUAAACAGGAGAUCGUUCGCUCAGGCUGUGAAAUUGACUUUUUGGUGCAAAGAGGUGCUGUGAAAAUCUGGAAACCACAGGUGACACCAUUAUCGGAACUGAGGCCUGCAGAGCUUAAGACCAUAAAGACUGCCACUGGGGAGGAAAUACAACCCGUACAGAAAACAUCUCUGGCCAUCAAUGCACCACAGGAGCCAUGCAUGAUUGGCAGCAGUCACAAUCGGUCAGCAAGGCCAUUUGGGCAGAAAUCUGCUGUUCCAAAUGUGGUUCAUGCACAGUACAAUUCACCCAUUGGUCUUUAUUCUCCUGACAACAUUGCUUCUACUUACUCAACACAGACUGCUGGCAUACAGAAGGAAAUGGCUGGCCUAGACUUGGAUGAUGCACCUGUCGGCACAAGGGUGUCUGGAACAUUCCAGCAGCUGCCUGAGGAGCCAGCACAGAGUGCACUCUAUGAUGAAAGCGGUCAAGGUGAAACUCCAGAUUACCGUGGCUACACUAAUCCUGACCUGCAGUCCACUUCCUUCAAACGAAUCCAGGAGGAGUUGGACAAGCAGGAACAUGACGAGUCAUUGCCAGGUUUCAGAUCAGUUAGUGCUCCUGCUGCUAAACCUCCAGGACAGCAGAAGCCUCAACAGCAAUCCAUGAGAUGUGGAGGCUGUGACAUGCUGGCAACUGGUGUCAUUGUUAAAGCUAAUGGUGUUCCAUAUCAUGUGAGCUGCUUUAAAUGUGAAUCCUGUGGAAUGAAUCUCAAACAAAAAGGAUACUUUGUUGUUGAUGGCAAGUUAUUUUGUGAAACUCAUGCAAGACGGAAGGCGCAACCUCCAGGUGCUGAUAUGGUUGCUGUUUCUGUUUACAGAUGAAAAUUCAGCCUGGAGUUGAGCAACCUUGCUGUGCAAACUUAGUGAUACUCUAGACUGCACACUGAUGUGACUUGAGUUCCCUUUAUUUUCCCAGAUGGCAAUUAUUUUCCCAGGAUAACUUAGUGCUUGCUUAUGUUUCAAGAGCUCAGCAGCCGUUUCAUGCUGACAUGGGGACAGAGUUUUAUCUCAUAUGAUAGAAGUUAUCAGAAUCAGCAAAAAAAAUAUGCCCAAACUAGUAAAUGAAUAUUAAUAUUGACAAGAAGAAAAUGUGAAAUCCUGUGUGUUGCCCAAAGAUUAAACAAAGUAUGCAACAAAACCUCUGAAAAUAUUAAUGUAAAUACUAACAUAUCAAAACUGAAAUACCAAUAAAAAGAGUACAAAAUUAUUUCCCAUGUAUUUGUUUAGAUAACAAGUUACAGCACCCAGUGCUUAUAAGAAUCUCUGAACUGAAUGUCUUCAUUAUUUACAAACUCAUCCUAUGAAUUACACAGGGGUAUGUUAAAAGAGAGGGCAUUUAACGGAACAGCUGCUUUGAUGUCUGAAAAUUCCUGUACCCUUUACUCCUGAUGUACAUUGAUUUUGAAUCUCCUGUUAUAUUGCUUAGGUUUGCAGUACUAAGGCACACUAUAUUUUCCUAAGUACCAAAAUUUUCUCAUUCCUGUGUUAAUUUUAUUUUUUGUAAAAUAUGGUUGUUACAUUGUUUAUUCAGUUUUGCAUAAUGGUGCCUUAGGCUUCAUUUUUCUGCAUAAUGCUGUUCCUUUGUUCACAUGGAGAGUUAUUAAAGCAAUGUAGUAAUCUCUUGCACUAUUUAUUAUGUAGACACAUUUGCUUAUGACACUGCCUCUUGCAGACAACUGUUCUUUCUAGAAAUUUGAACUUGCAAAGGGUGUACAAAGAGCGUUUUAUUUAGAAGGCACAGAGUGAGUAUAGUGGUGCUGUAGUGUUCCUAAGAGUGCUCUUUAAUACCUAAUGUGAAUUUUGCAUGCAAGUAUAUUCUUGUGUAUUUAGUGAUUAUGCCCCUCUUUUAAAAAGCAGAUGAUUCCUUUUUGUAAAAAAAAAAAUUCUUUUUAAAUAUGCAGUGAAUGUUUUAUGUUCCCAUGUUCUUGCAUGCUGGAAUGCUUUAACUCUUCUGAAGUUAUAUUUGCUGACAGAAUUUGCACAUAAAAAUGCUGCACAAUGG